AUGGAUAAAAACAGUAACGUACCUCAAGAAUUAAAUGAAUUUAUUAUUAUUAACGUUGAGUCUGACGAUUCAUCUGUUUCAAAACAAUCAGACUUAUGGACCUGGACAACUAAAAAUACAAAAAGAAUGAUUGAUACUUAUGCUGAACUAAAGCCGAAGUUAGGUACUCAUGCAAUAAAAAAUAUGAAAAGAUUGUGGGAACUUAUAGCUGAAAAAAUGAAUGGGCCAGUUACACCAGCUCAGUGUGAAAAUAAGUGGAGAGUAUUAGAAAGAGCUUACAAAAAAUAUAUAGAUAAUCAAAAAAGUACUGGUCGUGCUAGAAAGUUUUUUGAAUAUGCAGAAGAGAUGGACUUGAUAUUUAAGGGAAAAAAAAAUGUGCAGCCUAUUUUAUUACUCUCUGACACCACAAAAGAUGAUCUUUCAAAUUUAGUAGAGGAUGAUUUAGACAGUUUUUGUGAAACUAAUGUAGUUAAACCAUCAUCUUCUAUACAAGCUGAACCUGAAGUAAAACAAAAAGAAACACUUUCUCCAAUCAAGCACAAUCGGGCUAGGCAAAGAAGCAAUCCCGUGUUAAAUUGGAAUAUUACUUUGGAGAAAAUGAGACAGGAUAGAAAAGAAUAUUACAAUGCACGCAUUCUACAAGAAGGCGAAAAGAUAAAUCUCUUGAAAGAAAGAAAUGCUUUGCUAUCAGAAAAAAAUCAAAUUUUGAAGAAGGCAAAUGUCUAGAACAUAAAACUGAGUUUAAUGUACCUGUGUAGGUAAUACCAUGGUACAAAAAAAAACAAGGUAUGAUUGAUAGAAGCAAUUACGUCAUGCGCUGACCAUGUUUCCAUAAAAAUGAUUAGUUUUUAACCAAUCAAAUAACAGAACGAGAGGAAGUUUCUAUGGAAAUGUGGUCACCACAUGACAUUAUUGCUUCUAUCAAUCAUACCUUGUUUUUUUUUGUACCACGAGGUAAUACCAGUUUGUUGUUAUUUGUUACUUUAAUUAUUG